AUGGUGCUUGCAUCUUCUGGCGAAGAAAAUUACAACAAAGUACUAUUAUGUCAGUUGUAUGAAAGUAGCUCAUUACUAGCUCAGUUGGGAGCACUUAUCUCAAAUGGACUCGAAAAACUUCUCAUCAACCAAGGUAGCAUGCAAGAAAUAUUUGCUGAAUUCAAUUAUCGCUUAACAACUGAAGAUGACGACGUACAAGCGAUUGAGAAGAGGAAACACGAGUAUUUGCGAUUUGGCAAAAGGAAGCAUGAAUACUUGCGUUUCGGUAAACGAAAGCAUGAAUAUCUCAGAUUUGGUCGUAAGUAA